AUGACAUUGGGUCCACAGCCUUAUUACUGGCCAAAUUACGACGGCAGUGAGCCAAGUUAUGGGAACUCCAUGCCUAUCGCUACUCGCUCCGGCUGGAUGGCCACCGGGUGUUUGCCAUUCGUAAUUCUCAUGGCCGGCAAGAGCAAUCUUGUCACAAUGGUAACUGGUGUCUCGCAUGAGAGAUUACAGCCUUUCCACCGCUGGAUUUCGUAUGCCAUGUUCAUCCUGGCUCUCAUUCACACGUUCCCGUUCAUCGUCUAUCAUAUUCGGAUCGGAGAUAUGGUCGAGAAGUGGAAUACACAGCUCUUCUACUGGACUGGUGUCGUCGCUCUCAUUGCACAGGCAUAUUUGACCUUCGCGUCUAUGGGCCCUCUAAGGAAUAUGGGCUACGAAUGGUUCAAGUUCUCUCACUUUCUGGCCGCGCUGAUCUUCACCUUGUUCUUCUUCUUCCAUUGCGACUUCACCCUCACAUCUGCGCAAUACUUUGUUGUUACCGUCGUCUUCUUCGCAGCCUCUUGGCUUCAUCGCCAACUUCGCAUCUACGUCGAGCAUGGAAUAGGCCACCGCGCGACCAUCAGCGUUGCCGCCAACGGGUUUGUUCGGGUCUCCGUCCCAACCAAGGCGAGAUGGCGUGCAGGCCAGCACUUCUUCGUUCGCUUCAUGGGACUCCAUGUAUGGGCCACCCACCCAUUCUCGGCUUGCUCACUGCCCGCACGCGCAUCAUUCAACAUCAGCGUGGAGUCCAAACUAGUCUUUUACAUCCGCCCGCAGAAAGGCUUCACCGCCCGCUUGGCCAGAUACGCCGAAACGCACCUUGAGUCGCAGACGCGAGUCCUUCUGGACGGACCCUACGGAGGCGUCGACAUGCAGAAAAUUGUUUCGUGCCAACGCAGCGUGGUCAUUGCCGGGGGCUCUGGUGCAGGUUGGGUCUUACCGCUUGUCAUCGCCUUCCUGCGAAACCUCCAGCUUCAAAGCAUCGAGAACCCGCAACGGCCAUCACUACGGGUCAUCCUCGUCACCCGCGACAAGGCAACUCAGACGUGGUUUGAGAAGGCCGUGGCUGAUGAAAUCGCUGCAUGUCCUGUCGACAGCCUGACAGCCGCUGACUACUCCAUCGAACUGUACUAUACCGGAACGACAGAGGAUGAGCAAUAUCCUCGACUGACAGGUCAACUCCAAAAAAACUUCGACGAUCCUGAAAAGGCACCCGUCAUUGAAGGGGUUCCAAAGUCAGAGCUGGAAUCAUCGUCUAGAUCCAGUAGGUCAGAUGUCCUCGCCAAGCCCAUCAAUGUACGGCGGCAUGAUGGGAGACCGGAUCUUUCGGCUAUCAUCGCCCAGGAAGGUGAUGCUCAGCGUGUGGAUAGUGCGCUGGGAGUCUUUGUGUGUGGACCAGCGAGUAUGCAGAGUGGUGCUACCAAUGCGGUUGCGAGGGAGCAGUUGAGGAUUAUGAAGGAUGGGUCGAGGGAGAUGUACUUUCACUGUGAGCAUUUUUCGUGGGCGUAG